CGACCAAGCUGAAAACAGCUGAGUCGAACUUUGGAUUGAUAAGCAAGUGUAGACAUUAAAUUGAGUUAUCUAUACGAAGUUUCGUCCAUUUUUGCAUUUCAAAAUGAUACCUAGGGGCAGGAUUUCUUCGCUGAUGAAAGUCAUCUCAAGUGGAUCAUGCAGCUGCCCGGCUCAUUCGCGAUCAUCGACCAGCGCUAUGGAUGUGCUAGCCGAAAAAGAAUACGCGUUCGAAAUGUCAUCUUCAACGAUUCGCUACGGACCGGGAGUCAGCAAAGAACUGGGGCAUGAUUUGCAAAACAUGAACGCGAAAAAUGUUUGCGUUGUAACGGACAGAAAUGUGGCAAAGCUCAGUUCGGUGAAGACGGCUUUCGAUUCCUUGGCACGUUGUGGCAUCCAAUACCAGGUUUAUGAUGAAACGCGGGUUGAGCCUACUGAUAGCAGUUUGAUCCACGCAGCUGAGUACGCCCGUAGGAAUAACUUUGAUGCCUUUGUUGCCAUUGGGGGUGGAUCGGUGAUCGAUACGUGCAAGGUGGCCAACCUGUUCGGUGCCGAUCGGGAGGCAGAAUUCCUUGAUUACGUUAAUGCACCGAUCGGUCAAGCGAAGGAAGUCACUGUGAAGCUGAAACCGCUAAUUGCUGUUCCGACCACGGCCGGAACGGGUUCCGAAACCACAGGGGUAGCCAUAUUCGAUUACAAACCGCUUCACGCUAAAACCGGCAUUUCCAGUAAGCAUUUGCGGCCUCAACUGGGACUGGUCGACCCUCUACACACCUUGAGCCAACCGGAGAAAGUGGCUGCCUAUUGUGGCUUCGAUGUGUUUUGUCACGCUCUGGAAAGUUUCACUGCGAUUCCCUACACGGAACGUGGGCCAGCUCCGAAGAAUCCCAGUCUUCGUCCUCCGUAUCAAGGAAGCAAUCCGAUCUCGGACGUUUGGGCUCGGUUCGCGCUGAAGAUCAUUCGGGAAAACUUCUCAUCGGCGGUGUUUAAUCAGGACGAUCUGAAGGCUCGAUCCAACAUGCACCUAGCUUCUACAAUGGCAGGUGUGGGAUUCGGGAAUGCUGGAGUUCACCUGUGCCAUGGGCUGUCCUAUCCGAUUUCAGGACACGUGAGGAACUUUAUUCCCGCAGGAUAUGACGACGAUCAUCCGAUCGUACCACAUGGCUUGUCGGUGGUGAUGACAGCUCCGGCAGUUUUCAAAUUUACCGGGGCUACUUGCCCGGAGCGCCAUCUGGAAGCAGCAGAGAUACUUGGAGCGGAUAUUUCAAAGGCAAAACGAGAAGACGCUGGUGCAAUCCUUUCGGACGUAGUUCGUCAGUACAUGUACGAUCUGAAGGUAGAAAAUGGACUAGGCUCGCUAGGAUUCAACCGAAACGAUAUUCCAAGUCUGGUCAAAGGUACGCUACCGCAGGAGAGGAUCACCAAACUGGCACCACGAGCCCAAACGGAAGAAGAUUUAGCUGGGCUGUUUGAAAACUCAAUGACCGUCUACUAAAAAACCAUUAUACAUAUAUUCAAUUAACUAAGAACCAUGCGUUUCCUUUGCAAAAUAGCGAAUUUGUUCGUCAA